AAAAAAAUUACCAAAGGUAAAUAACUCAUUGUACAUUUUCCUGAGUACCAAUUAGCAAAGAUAUUGGAAAAGAAACCUGGUUUUUAAAAUGUUUUUUUUUAGACAAAUUCAGAAGUAGGAUAAACCACCGUUCAUUUUAUCCCACCACAAAUUCCAGAUGCGGCCUUUUAUUCUCAGUGUUAUUUUACUUCAUAAGGCGUCUUAUUUUCCAAUUAUAAUCACUUUGAAUGCUUUAUUCAUGAAACGAAUAUAAAACUACCUUUGCUUUAAUUUGAAUUUAGGUAAUGUAUGACAGCUGAAACCAAAAAGGCCUCUUCCGCUACUAUCGCAUCGUGCCGUCACCUUUAAAACUUUCAUAUCACUUUUAUCUAUAGAUCGAUUUUAUUUUGAUUUCGAUUUAUCCCAAGUUUUUUUCGUCUUGCAUUGAGAGUAUCAAAUUAGGAAAUAGGCUAGUGGAUGUUUGACUGGGAUUGACCAAACAAGUCCAACCGCAAACGAUAGUCUGAAGUCAUUUCAACCGGUAGAAAACCACAAUACGAUUUAGUAAACUUCUUCACUUAAGUCUAAUAAGUAUGCUUUUUGGUGUUCCUCUUUACAUUUCAGACUCAUGUUUAAUCAAAACAGCUUUCGGAACUGACCAUUUUUGUCUUUAAUAGAAACGUGUUGUUCCUAUUCAUAAGUUUUAAUGAAGCUGUAAAAUUGUUUGCUUCUCGUGCUCACUCUGGACUUCGUUAAUGAAAACAUGUCAUACACGCUGUCGAUUGAAAUUCGUGUCGAAAAAGCGACAGUUGAAAUAUUUUAGACACUCAGUAAAAAUCUUGUAUUACAUGCACAACUGGCCUACAUACAGCUUAAUGUCAGAUUGUCUGGGCAAAAAGGCAUCCAAACUUUAAAAUACUGUCUUUGAAUACCGACGUGAACGUUUGCAAUGAACAUCAGUGUCCUAGCGAGGUAAACAACACUUGCUGUAUAUUUGAAAUGCUUUUAAGUAACCCGACUCCUCUAAAAAUUUUAAUGGAGCCCCCAAUUUGCAUUGCAAAAACAUAUACACAGCUAGUUUGCAUAACUAUGUCCGUAUGCGGUGAUUCAAACCUGGAAUUUUUUUUUUUUCUGGCAUUUCAAUUCAGUCUUCACAACAUUAUGCAACAGCAUUGCAAAAGUCAGUGAGUAUUAGCAAAGAUGAGUAGAAGUUUUGAAACCUUCCUCUUUUGUUUUCAACAAAAUAAAGGAAUAUAUGUUCUAAAAAUUCUCUUCUUAUCUCGUGAAGGCCACAUGUCUAUCCAAUCUACGUUGAAUGAAGGUGACAGCAGUGGUUAAAACUCAAAUUGGUUCUCGACAAAAAGAUAAAGCCUUCCGCCGAUAGCAUUGUGAAAAAUGACAACUCUUUAACAUACAUAUGACACAAGAAUAAUCGAUAUUAAUUGGACAUCUGCUCCAGAAGUAAUAACAUAAAACGAACAGUCGGGCUUAUUUCAUUUUGAAAGGUAAGCAUUCACCGAAAAACACGCCUAAUUUAGGCCUGCUGUUUCAGUUUCGACAGUAUUUUUGCGAGCGCCCUUUGGGCUUGCUGUUCUUUAGUUUCGAGCCAAUUAUCAAUUUUUGAAAGAACUGGAACCUAAAUGUCCGAGCAUAGCAAAGGACAUCCCUCGCUGGAGAAGUAUGUGACUUUCCUUGCGGAAAGACCAACUGGGGUGGUGGUCAUUGAAGCGUUGGUCUGCGCUAUCUUAAUCCUGGCAGCUUUGGUUGGAAACUCCUUAGUCCUAUGGAUGGUGUGCAAAAAUAAAAAUCUUCGAACAAUUCCCAAUUUGUUCAUCGUCUCGCUGGCGUUAGCUGAUAUCGGAAUGGCUAUACUUUGCCAGCCGCCAUGCCUUACAGUUCUCGUGGCGGGAAAGCGCACCUACGGAAAUUUCGUCUGUCAGCUUCAAGGUUACGUUGUCGCCAUGCUCUCCUGUGUCUCGCUUCUGACGUUAACCUUGGUUGCCGUGAAUCGGUACUUCUUGAUCGUACGACCAAAGCACUACCAAAAGCUUUUCACCACUAAACGCACUCGAUGGAUGAUCUUGGGGAUUUGGAUUCUUUCACUGAUGGAGCCGCUGCCUUAUCUGUGUUCCAAUCACCGUUACGUUUAUCACGCAGGGAAGUUCUUUUGCUUUCAAGUCGUCGAGGUCGACUUUUUCACCUUGCUGGGGUACGUCUUCGUUGCCAUUCCCACGGUCGUACUCUCAUUUUGUUACUACAACGUUUUUAAGGCCCUGAAAGAGCACAAAAAGCGGCUUCAUAGCAUGAGACGCCGAGGCGACCAGCCGACCACGGUGAAAAUCACUAUUGAAGACAUCAACGUCACGAAAACCUUAUUCCUCACAGUAUGCGGAUUUCUCAUCUGCUGGACACCGAUUGCGAUCGUGGAUUUCAUCGGGUUUGGUCAAGGGAGCUGGAACCUUCCUCGCGAGAUGUACGUCAUGUACACAUUUUUGGGUCAGCUGAGCACUGUGAUCAAUCCUGUUAUUUAUGGUGUAAUGAACAAGACCUUCAGAGACGAAUACAAGAAACUGUUCAAGUGGAGCGAUGGAGCGGAUAUUACCCAGGAUUCCGAGGAAACUCCGCAUACUCAGGAGAGUAAGUGCUCUGUCCUUUAGAAUAGGUGACAUUUUAAACACAUACCUUGUAAUUUUGCUCUAGGCAAAAUGGAGUGCUUUACUAAGGUUGGAAUAAAAUAAUACAUCAGAUGCAUGCAGUAGAUAACUUAGCUGUAGUACGAUUUAAGCGAACGCAGUUCACGCACGAUCGUUUUUCGUGGCUGAGCUUGAAGUGUUUUCCCAAAAUCCAUGCGUACUUAUUGCACACUUGUACCGCACGUCACCAGAGUAAACGUUCGUACAGAAAUAUCGAGUUAAGCUUCACUAAAAUAGUCAAGGUACUAGUCUUUGAAUCGAAGGGAAAAUAAGCAAUAGAUUUCAAAUCUAAUAGAGAAAUUUUAACUUUACUGCGAAUGAAGGUGAUUUCAUUUUCGCCAAAAAAUAUUGGUAAUUUAACCCAUAUUCUAUCAAAUUAUUUCAAACAACCUUGCUAUAUUUUAGUAAAGUGUCGAAUGAUGUGUAGCACCUGAACUACAAAACAAAACAAAACAAAAAAAACUGCUCUUCUCAAACUAGCUAGAAAAGAGAUCCAACAUAGCUCACUGCAGUCCAUAGUAGGUGUUUUGAGGUCAGGCGGUCUGUAGAACAUGCUGUUUAGCGAGGAAGAGCACAGAUGUGAUACAUGCACGAGCGCGAAGCGUCAGGCCAGUGCGAGUGAAGACAAAAAAAGAAAAACUAGACUUUCAUUAGAAGAGUUUGGUAAAGUGUGUAAAUGAAUUUUAUCAUAAAAUUUAUAACGUAAGCAAGUUGCAAAAGGGUAUAUAUUUUAUUCUCUGUUUAUGUGUUUUCCAACCGAUCAAAACUCACCACAAAUACAAAACGCGUGAAACGUGUGCGAGCGAGUCAGGAUGAAUUUUGUUUUUACAACUGAUUGAAUAACACAGUGGCCGUCUUUUUUAAGAAUCAAUCACUUACAUUGGUAAUAUAAAACCAGACCAAGUACGAAUUACUUUCGAGGCUCAAGUGAAGACCAUUCUAAUAGUCAAAACUAUAGCGGGAUCAGAUAUUAUUUGCCAUUAUUCAAGACCGGAUUUGACAGAAUCUGUCAGACCGCAAUCAAUCAAAGAUUGCGCCAAAUGUUUCGAGUUUGAAAAAUUCACCAAACAGUGAAAAGUAUCAUAUGUUUCAAUAUAUGUCUAAAAUUUGAAAAUAUCAAAGUCACAGUUGAUAUGAUGUUUUUACUGCAAAAAGAGGACAUGUUUUUGCAGCGAAGAAUUGGCACGAUUGCGGCCUUAAAAAAUAGUCAUAAUGAAAAGCAGAUUAAAACAACAUUUGUUUGUGUUUCGAAAAAGUGAAACCGCCACAAAAAUGCAUCUCCCAAAACAGACCACUUCUUUCUUUCUUUCUUUCUUUUUUUUUUCAAAAUAGAGGAUAAUAUUAUAUGUUAUCUGUUAUUCUUCACAAUUAUUAGCAUAACAGCUAACUCACUUCUAGAUUUAUAGUAAAAGGCAAUAGAGUUAUCAGGGUAGUGGAGCGAAUUCAAAAAGGUCUAUGAUCCGCCAAAGCUAAAUAGAAUAUUGUUGUGUUAUCGGUCUAGUAGAUGUGGUCAAGUACAGUAUGUAAGCUGUAACAAUAAGGAUUGAAGUAAAACGGAUGCACUGUCACUAGGAAGUGUUCACACUAAGUGAUAUAAUAAUGAUAUGUUCAACAGAAAAUAUGUAAGAGUUAUGCUCAUGUUUUUUAAUGCGGUUUUAAGGGGUUGCUUUUAGGCGUUAUUGUUGACGCAUAAGGCCAGUUUCUAACGGGCGCCAUUUCAUUUCAUGGUUUCUUUGCCAAAUACUGAGUUUGAGUGUCACAUUCAGGAAAAAGAUGAACUCAGCAGUAACAUUUCAAACGCUGUCGUGUGAGCACUCCUUAGUACAUUGCAUAUGUUUCUCUUACUUGCAAUUGCAAGCAUAUAUAUUAUUUUUACACGUAGAAAAGAGAAAGAAAGAUCAACAAACCAUCACUUUAAGAUACUUUACUGGUGACUUCAAAAAGUAUACUAUUUAAAAGGUCUAGAUAGCAGCAGACAUGUAAAGAUUCUAAGGAAAACGACCGAUUUUUUUAAGUUUAAAAGACAUGUUUC